AUGGAUGAUGUAGACAUUGGUACCAACAUGGGCAUCAGUGUCCAUUGGCUCCAGACAGGCUUGCUGAAAGAGGUUUCUUCUGAAGGGUUUCAGAGUUCUGCCAAUGUCUACGAUAUUGAGCCCCUGGUGAUCCGAGGGAAAGGAAGAGAUGUGACAUGUCCCGUGGAUGGAAAUCAUGGAUCUUCUUAUAUCCAUGCUCUCUUGGCAUCAGGGAAAGAAGAAGAAAUUCAAGCCGUUGGUACUCCACUUUAUAUGCUCAGUUACAGCUGGAAUUACACGAUCCAAGACAUUGUUGAGACUCUGACAGACUUUUGCAGAACAAACAAUCUGAACCCCAAAUCCACAUACAUUUGGAUUUGCUGCCUUUGCAACAACCAGCACAGGGUCAAGCAAAUGCAGGCUCAGGGCAAGACAGUUCCCUUUGAUGCAUUUCAAACCUUGUUCUACACAAAUGUUACCGGGAUCAAAAAUAUUCUCGCCAUGAUGACACCAUGGAAAAGGCCCAUCUACCUCACAAGAAUGUGGUGUAUCUUUGAGCUCUAUUGCGCCCACACUCAUCCCGAUUGCAAUUUGACAAUCGUCAUUCCCCUGCAGGAACGAGAGGACCUCAAAGAAAAUCUAUCAGGAAAGGGGGAGGAUGUGGAUGAUGUCAUCAAGACCCUCUUUGAAGCUUUGGCAUCUACAAGAGUUCAGAAUGCAAGAGCAUCCCUGGAGUCUGAUAGAGAAGCCAUUCUACAAUUGAUCAUUCAGCAGAGUGGGCCACGGGGCUAUGACAUUCUCAAUGAUAGAGUGAACUUGCUACUGAGAGAAUGGGUGCUUGGAGCUAUUACAUCUCUUGUAGAGGAGAGGAAUGACAGUCAUCAACCAGAGGAGGCAGCAAGAGUUUUUCAUUCUGUUGCAUAUGCGUUGUCCAAAGUGGGACAUUACAAGGCUGCUUUGGAAAUGCACGAGAAAGCCUUGCGGAUUAGAGAAGACAUAUUGGGGAUUGAUCACCUCGACACGGCAACCUCUUACAGAUGCAUUGGCAGCAUCUUAUAUGGGCAGCAAGGGAAUCUUGAUGAUGCCUUGUUGAACUACACAAGAGCAUUGUCUGCUUUCGAGUCAUCCCUUGGACCGGAGCAUCCAUCCAGCGCCAGCCUCCACAGUGACAUUGGCUUUGUCCUCGAGAGCCAACAACAUUUUGAUGAAGCCUUGCGAGAGCACAGGUUGGCCUUGGCUGGAUUCAAGACAACGCAUGGAGAGAAUCACUCUACCGUUGCAGAUUGUCAUAACAAUGUUGCAGUAGUUCUGUGCAUGCAAGGGAACCACGGUGCUGCUUUGGACGAAUUCCAGAAAGCGUUGGCUAUUCGGGAAAUCCUUCUGGAACCGCAUCAUCCCGAUGUGGUAAACGCAAGGGCUUCAAUUAGCAUUUGCGAAAAGUACAAAGUUGGAUAA